CCUUUUUCAAGUUUUCUACGUCACGUAAUGAAAAUCCAAUUAACCAAUUACAGUGCGUCAAUAACAAUAGCCAUUGUUAUUAACCAGGUUCACUUGCGCGCGUGGCAACAGACGCGGCAAUGGCAACGACGAUAAACAACUUUCCUCUAUGCAACUAGAAGCGAUGAGUUUUGUGGUUUGAUCGUGUCUAUUUACUGAAAUUACAUGCAGUUCAAGUAGAGGGCCUUUCCAACAUGGUCAACCCGCUGUGUAUUUGCCAAAUUUGUACCUGUGGGAGGCAUCGUUGUGCCCACAGGCCCGAGGCAAAAACUCCAGUGCAUCCUUGUCGAUUCACCGAGUAUCAAGAUCGCUACAAGAGACAUGCUCUCGAUCGCCGUUUACCGUUUAAACCGGACUACUCUGUCAAGGUCUCUUCGCAGCCAAUGGAGGAACGAACAAACUACAUGACGGAUUAUAUUCCACAUUCGUACGCUCCGCCAGCGAAACGCGAUAAAGCGCAGUACGUCAAACCCCCGGGGCUGAUGGCGGGGCAAAGCAGCUACAAGCACGACUACCCCGGAACUGUUGUCCCUCCUGCCACAUCAGCCAAGCCUUUGGCGACGUUUCAUGCCCAUAGUACUCCGUUCGACAGCAGUACAGUUCAUCAAGAUACGUACAGGUCGUGGGACUUAAAGCUGUGUAAAAUGGGAAGUAUGAAACCGGACGCAACGCCAGCUGCUCGAGACGGGAAAAUGGAUGGUAAAACGAUCUUUCAAACCGACUACCCUGGGUAUUUUGUUGGCAGGCGUCCUCAGAUCAGGCCCCCGAAUUCAGAACUCCGUGUAAAUAGAGGUCCUAUGGAACAAGACACGACCACCAGGCUUGAUUACACCCGGAAGGAAGUACUCCCGGCGGAAUCAGCCAAGCCAGUAGAGAAACGCCCCACCACUAGCCAACCUUUCAAGGGAAACACCACAUUCAUGGAUGAUUUUGCUUACAGAGGGGGCAGACCCGCCUCUAGUUUUAAGCCAACACAGGAUGUAAUUAAGUCAAAUAAGCCAUUUGAAGGGGACACUACCACUGGUGUGACUUACAGGCGAUGGGCUAUUCCAAAACGUGAGGUGCGCGCUAAGGAACCUUACAGGCCACCAAUAGCCAAGUUUUCCACUGAUACCACUUUCCAACAUGACUACCCAAAAUGGGGGGUGCCACCAGCUGAAAGUGCAAAGCCUCCCGUGGCACCUUUUGCUUCUGGCAAACCUUUUGACGACAGCACAACACAUAAGGAUGCAUUCCAAGCGUGGCAGAUGCAGGCGACACACAAGAGCGGCCGACCUGAUGAGUACAGACCACCGUCUGGAAAAUUCCAGGGUGAGUCCACCAUGCGGAGUCAUUACAGAGGGCAGUAUGUACCGCCUGCCAAGCCUGCACGUCAUGAGGUCCACCGAGCGAUAAGUGGGGAUAUGGAAAUGAAUACAACGUACAACGACACCUUCACUGGUGACCGUCCAAGGAGUUGUCCAGCGCAGGGAAUUCAACAGUGGCAGCAAGGUCCACAGCGAGGGUACUUCUACAGUCAUGAUAACCGUGGUCAUAGUUACUAUUUGCCAGUUUCUGAAACUGUGCAACCUCUUGCUUUAUCAGCUUAGAUUUUCAACCCAACAUUAAUGACUAUUGUACUUACAGUAAAACCUGCUUCCAAAUUUACCUUUACAAGUUGGGUUUAACUUCUCUUUUAAAUUCUCAAUAUAUUCAGCACAGUUAAAAUCCAGUUCAACAUAGUUACAACUCACUAAAGGUCGAAGGUUUUGCUGUUUGUACAAAUUUAUUAGAAAUAGUGGGAAAGUAAGAAUCAUAAUUUUACCAGCACAGUUACUGUAAUAAUUGUGUAAAUAUAAAAAAAAGGUAGCUUAGCCAGAUAAAAAAUAUGUAAAAUUAUUUAAAAUUUUUUCCCACCCACCAAGUAUUUACAAUGUUAUUUGGGCACUACGUCUUGAGGAAGUUCAGGUUUUUAUGGGGAAAAUCUUUUCAUAGAAUGAUUACGUUGCCAUGGGAAAUGGGGGUAAUUUUGCACAACAUAGCUGCUGUUUUAUAUUUUCCAUUACAUUUGUUCAGGUGUAUACACAUGGUAAUGAGUUUUAUUUAAAUGAAUAUUUCUCCUUUUGUGAAUUUUAAAAUUAUGUAGUGUGGACAGCACUUUUAAUUCUGUGGAUUAAAUCCAACAAUUUCAAAUGAAGUUAUUGAGCAGUACUUUCAUGUGGACUAGUGCUGUUCAUUUUCCAAAGCUGAAAUUUGAAAGUAAUUUUUGACAGCAUUUUGUAGGUGAAGGGUUAAUUUACACAGCUAGAGGCCAGGAAGUAAAUAAGUAUUUACUAUCACCUGCUUCUGUGCCAGUGUUUUACCAUGAAGUUUGUAUUCUUCUUUACAGCAUGCACUAUCACGCACUUCCUCAGUAAAAUACUGAGAACCAGUUUUACUGAUCCAAUUAAGUUUGUAGUUCCAUGUAUUGUUAGAUGAUAAAUGUCAGUCUCUUGAACUUACAUGCACUGUAUUUAACCAAAAAGAUGUCCACACAUAACGCUCAAAAUUAUUCUUAUAACAGUGUUUUCAAAGUAAACUUCAGAUUUGUCCACUGCAAACUGAUACAAUGAAGUUGGCAGCAUCUAUGAUCCCACUUCAUAUGUAUAGUUUUCGUUGAAAACCGAAAAUCAAUUACAUUAACAUCUUUUUACUACUUCCUUUGAGAAUACGUUUUAUAGCAAGAGAAUAUCUUUGGAGUCUACUUGCAGUGAGUAGGUAAUACACUUUGAUUUGGGGUCAAGGAUUUUGGGUCUAGCAGCUUUGGUUUAUGACCUGGAAAGCUAACAGGUCGUUCAAGGGAAGCCAUAAGGGUUCUUUUCAGUUCGAUAGGUUUUCUUGCAAUAGAAGACAAAUGCCAAAACCCUGGCUCCAACAGGGUAGGGUGAAAGUGGGAGUAAAAUGUGAUUGUGUAACAGAAAACUGUUAUUUAAGUAAAGGUCUAUUACAGGCCAUCAUUAAGUCAAUGUCGUUAUAAAGCCAAAAUAUUAUAAAGUAAUAAUGUACAUAGUUACACUUUCAUUUUCAUUAUCAGUUGAUGUACUUACGAUGCUUGGUAAAUUUGACAUCACUGUGGAGCUAGCCAACAAUUAUAGUGACAUCUUCAUUCAAGGCAAUUCUGGGACAAGGAGGCUUUGCAUGCAUUUUGCGGCAGUUUGUUAUCGUUACAAGUUCCACUUGUUUCAUUUGUCUCUGAUAAAGGACACUGUUAUCAAGAUACAUUAUGUUCUUCUGCAUGUAACACAGGAAAGAAACUGAAAAUGUUGUUGUAAUGCUUUAAAAGGUUGUAGGCAUAACUUGUACCUUACAUACAUGUAACUGUGUUUGCCUCUACAACAUUUUUACUUUGAUGUACAUGUAUAAACCAAUACUGAAUCUUUAGAUUUACAAACGAAAGUAAAUAAUGGGAAGGAAAUGUCCUCACCCAAUUAUUUUGUUCUCAAUAAACGUAAAAAUAAGAUAA